CCGCCGGAGGAAAGCCCGGCCUUUAACCUCGGCAAGCACACACGACAAGGAAUACUAUUCAAGAAACACACUGGAGACCGAAAUCUGGAUGAGCAUUUAGGAUACAUCAGAAGAGUAUCAUGGGCUUCGACAAGUCUUGGGCCACUGGAAUUAUGGCCUCGAGACCUCCUACAACUCUGCCAUGUUUCCCUACUGGAUCCACAACCGCGCCUUCUUAUUCUUGGAUCUGAGCGUGUGCUAUUUUACAAUGCAGCCUAUGCCGUAAUGUGUGGCAAUAAGCAUCCAGGCGUCCUCGGACAACCCAUCAUGGAAGCUUGGGGCGAUGUCGCGACGGACGCUGUUGUCACACCUCUGGCCACCGCAGAAGCUACAGGACGACAAGUAGAACUUACAGAUCAACCGCUGGUGUAUGAGCGGAAUGGCUUCCUCGAGGAAGUGUAUCUAUCAUGGACGGUCAUACCAUUGUUUGGAUCAACUCCGGGCUUCUAUGUAACACUAACAGAUGUGACCGAAACAAGGUUAGCAGANAAGAGGCGAGCAGCUCUCCGGGCACUCAACGCUGCUUGGGAUGUUGUCAAGGAGCCUCGCAAGUUCUGGCAGAGUAUUCCCGGUAGUCUUGCCCUGGACCCAUUUCUNUUUCCUUUCGCGUUCCUCUAUGCUGCAGAGUCCAAUACGGACUCAGAGAGCUCAAUCGACACUUCUCUACAUUCGACUCAUGAGAUGCGAUUCAAGCUUACAGGAUCUACUGGCGAACCGUCUGUCACUUCCAUUCUACCAGAAGAGCUAGGGUCCGACCAUUUCACCUUAUUCUCGAAAUCAACAGACCCAACACUGAUUCGGCACAAUGGACUUACCAGACCGAUCUGGCCAUUCUUAGCACAAGAUUGUAUUCUGGUGCCAAUACAUUCGAGUCGAUCAGAGAAGAUUAUCGCCUACCUGUUUCUUGGAACCGACCCGAAACGACCUUACAACGAGAAUUACAGAGAUUGGAUACAUGAGUUUUCCAGGUGUCUGAGUAACGCUGCGACCAACGUUCUCUUGGCUGAAGAAGAGAAGCGUAAGCAACACUACCGAGCAAUACAAGCAGCCAGGGAACAACAUCUUCUAGCGACCGCACUGGCAAACCGCGACAGAGAAGCUGUGGCUGUGACGGAUCAGUACCAACGCACACUCAAGGUUGUCGAUAUGGCUGACGUUGGCAUCUUCGAGUACGAUCCCGAGGGCCGACUGAUGUAUGCCAAUGAUGCUUACAAGGCUAUGGCUCACUGUUCGUCAGAGAUGAUGCACGGAGAUAAGCUGGUGUUUCUUGACUUGGUAUACCCGGAAGAUCAUGGAUUUAUCAUGUCGAAGUGGAAUACCGCGGCUGGUGGUACACCUUGUACGUUCGAGUUGAGGUUCAAGACUCCUGACGGCCAUGGUGUCUGGGUCCUUGCUGCCGUGAUACCAGUAUAUGAGAAUGGUGUUGUCACAAGUGUAUCUGGAUGCACCACAAACAUCCACGAUACCAAGUUGAGAGAAACGGAAUCCGUACAGCGAUUGCAAGCGCUUGAAAGAGCAAAGGCGUGGGAACAGCGCUUCUCAAAUUUUGCUGAGAUGGCCCCUAUUGCUAUCUACUUUGGAUCACAGAAUCAUCACCAGCUUUCGUACUGCAACCGGGCCUGGUUCGAGAUGACUGGACAUCCCGUUGUACCUUUUGAGCAGAUUGACUGGGCGAGCAUAAUAUACGAGGAGGAUAUCGAGCUUGUCAGGAGCAGCUGGACUCGAGUUUUCAGCACUCAAACCCCUACUACUGUACAGUUCAGACUUCGACGCAGCUGGGCCGACGGAAACGGAGUGACCAUCGGUCCGGUGUGGGUCACUGCAUCUGCGUUGCCUGAGUACAAGGAAGAUGGAUCUAUUAAGGGCAUUAUUGGCACCAUGCUGGACAUCUCAGCAUUGAAGUUUGCAGAGACAGUACAGCAGAUGAAGGUCCAGGAAGCCUUGGAAGCUAAACGACAAUCUUCGAACUUUAUCGACAUGACAUCGCAAAACCCUCUCGGUGCGGUCUUCCAUUGUUCUGACGCCACUCAAGAAACUCUGGCCGAUAUGACAGUCCUCGCAGAUCGACUAGCUUCUACCACUGAGUCCAAGAUUGGUGAACAGCUACAUGAACUCAUCUCAAGCGGUAUCGACUCAGUCAGCACAAUCAUAUCCUGCUCGCAACAUCAGAAAAGGAUUGUGGACGAUAUCCUUGUGCUUUCCAAACUCGACUCGAAUCUCCUACAAAUCGCACCUUCGACCGUCAGAGUAACAGCUCUAUUACACGAUGUGGAAAAGAUGUUUGAAGCUGAAGCUCAACGAUGCGACGUACAACUAGAGACGCAAUCUCACGCUUCACUAGAACAACUUGAAGUCAACUGGGUAAUGCUAGACCCAGGACGAGUCCAACAAGUCCUCAUCAACCUCUUAACCAACGCCAUCAAAUUCUGCAAGAAGAAGAGUCAGAGGAAAGUCACCAUACGCGUUGGCGCAUCAAAGAUACGGCCUUCCGAAAACGUGCUUCCUCAUAUCGAUUUUGUGGUUGCGCAUUCGCUGCAUGAUUCGGUAUAUGAUGAUCCGAAAUUCGAGUCUCAGAGCUUUUAUCUCUGGUUCAGUGUAGAGGACACUGGCCGCGGUAUGUGUGCAGUUGAGAAGAGCCGUAUCUUUGCUCGUUUUACCCAAGGUUCUCCUCGUACAGAAUCGGAGUAUGGAGGCUCAGGACUAGGUCUCUUCAUCUCGCGUGAGCUGGCAGAACUUCAAGGCGGAGAGAUAGGCGUGGCCAGUGAACUCCACAUCGGCAGCACAUUUGCCUUNUUCAUAAAGACCAGACAUACAGAAGCACCCGCCACAGCGACUGCAAACCUACACAAAAACCUAGCCCUCCAACANAAAGACCAAACACCAGCAACGAAGAAAUCAGACAUCAACAUCCUAGUCGUAGAAGACAACGCCGUAAACCAAAAACUGCUCCGCCAACAACUCACCAAACACGGCUUUACAGUAACAACAGCCGAUAAUGGACUUGACUGCCUCUCCCAACUCCAACAAACCAAGCAUUGGCGAGCAAACUCUUCUUCCACCGAUGCUCCUUCGAUAGCAGUCAUUCUCAUGGAUAUAGAGAUGCCAUUGAUGGAUGGAUUACAAGCCACCAAGGAAAUCAGAAAAUGGGAAAAGGAGGGAAAACUCACAGGACAUGUGCCUAUUAUUGCGGUGAGUGCGAAUGCGAGACAGGAACAGAGGGAUUUGGCUAUGGAUGCGGGUAUGGAUGACAGUAUAGCCAAACCGUUUAGGAUUGCGGAGUUGGUGCCUAAGAUUGAGAGGUUGGCUGGUUGGACA